CCGAGAGAAUACAUCUUCUUCUUCUUCCCAGCGACAGAAGCGAAGCACAGAGAUCUAUCUGUCUAUGUUCGGACAUCCUCUUCUCUCUUCUACAAAUUUCUCUCUUUUUUAGUUAGGGUUGUUGGGGUUUGGACACAUUCGUAUUCGACUGCGGAUGUUUUGCACUUGGCUGAGGGCUGAGGGCUGAAGCUGAAAGGAGAAUCUAUCAAUCAAUCAAUCACCCACAAUCGGUUGUUUUCUUUUACCUUUAUUGGGUUUGUUUUUCUUGAGGAGAUAUUGAAUUAUAAUCGGCAUUUCUUCCAAGAGGAUGGAUAACGACUGUUCCGGCGACAAUUUGGUCGACAAGUUCGACGGUUUAACUGUAGGUGGUGAUGCAAGUAAUCAAAACGAUGGUGGGUUGUUUCAGGUCAUGAAGGCUGUUGAAGCUGCCGAGAUCACUAUUAAACAUCAGGCUGAUGAGAACACUCGUUUGAGGAAUGAAUUACUCAAAAAGAUUCAGGAACUCGAUAAAUAUGAACAAGAUAGAGCUCGUCAUAUUGACUCCCAUCUUGGGAAUCAAGGAGAUGAGGAGAGAAGCAAUGGUUUCUUAAGUGAUGCUGUUAUUCUGCCAAAUGUAAGGCCUGAUAUUGGAGAUCCUGCCACCCCAAAUUAUCCUAGCAGCCACUACGAAAGCAACAAGAUCAAUGGGGUCUUCACACCACUUCUUGCCAAUCAGGCACCUGCAGACAUCGCUCGGUCUUCACCAUCAACAUCUUUUCCUCCCAAUAGGUAUCAAAUUGAUGGUGACUAUGAUCAACAUCCAAGUUCAUCCUCAAAUGUGCUGAUGCCAAUGGGUGAAAGUAAUAACAGUCUACUGAAGCAAGAUCUUUCUGUUAAGAUUCAUGAACAUGAAGAAGAAAUUAUGCAGCUGCGGAAACAUCUUGCAGAUUAUUCUAUUAAGGAAGCACAACUACGCAAUGAAAAAUAUGUUUUAGAAAAGAGGAUUGCAUAUAUGCGAUUGGCCUUUGAUCAGCAGCAGCAGGACCUGGUUGAUGCGGCAUCUAAAGCCCUAUCCUAUAGGCAAGAUAUAAUUGAGGAAAACAUACACCUUACAUAUGUAUUACAGGCUGCACAGCAAGAACGAUCGAUGUUCAUUUCAUCUUUAGUGCCUCUACUUGCAGAGUACUCCUUGCAUCCUCAAGUUCUUGAUGCUCAAUCCAUAGUCAGCAACGUCAAGGUUCUUUUCAAACAUUUGCAUGAGAAGCUUAUUAUUACAGAGGAAAAGUUAAAGGAAUCAAAAUAUCAGCUUGCCCCUUGGCGUUCUGAGGUGACCUCAAACUCUGCUUUACAAUCACCAUCCAACCAUGUUGGGUUGGUGCUGGCCCCUGGUAGUAACAGGCUUGAACUGGUGCCUCAGUCAGCAUAUUCUCCAGUGAACAUGUUGAAUACAACUGUUCCUCAGACAAUGGGAGAGUGGGAGGCAUCAGGACCUCAUCAGAAUAGCCGAGGUGGUACAGAUCCAAAACAUCUGGAUCCCGAUGACCUGGUGAAGUAUUCUCCACUUGCAAGCAGGAACAUUGGAUCCCAAGAUUUGCCUAUGCAGUUUAAUGCAAACCACCGUGAUUCACACCCUGUACAUUUCUCUGACCAAAGUACAACCAAGCAGGUUACGUUUAGUGACCCUGUUGGCAACAGUGAUAUGGACGAUGUAGACCCACAGCAUGAAAUUGACUCUUCCAAAUGGAGUUCAAAAAACUCUCCUUACACAAAUUCACUUGAUGAACCCAGCACCUCAUAUUCUCCUUAUCUACCACCAGUACUAGAAGAACAAUCUACAUCUUUAUCAGAGGUUGGGGAUGAUGAUCCCUUACCUGCAAUAGACGGCCUCCAGAUUUCAGGUGAAGUCUUUCCAGGAAAGGAACUUCAAGCAAGUGGAUUCUCUACCAAUGGAACUACUAGUUGUAACUUUGAGUGGGUUCGUCAUUUGGAAGAUGGAUCUGUGAACUACAUUGAUGGGGCAAAACAACCUAACUAUCUUGUUACGGCUGAUGAUAUGGAUACAUACCUUGCAAUUGAAGUUCAGCCUCUGGAUGAUAGGAAAAGAAAGGGGGAACUUGUUAAGGUUUUUGCCAAUGAACAUAGAAAAAUCACUUGCGAGCCUUUGAUGCAACAGCACAUUGAGAGGACACUUUAUGCAGCGGGUGCUUCAUAUAGAGUGUCUUUGUCGACUGUUUAUCUGGAUAUUUGGGAGCCCGUUACUCUAACCAUCAAGAAGGAUGGUUACAGUAUUAAGAGUAGUGGAUCUGGGAGUGUUUUUGUUACUGAGAAGUUUUCAUCAAUCAACAGUGUUAUUAUUCCGUAUGAGCAUCCUACAGAGUUUUCUCUUAUAUGUUCUAGUGGGGUAGAACGUGUUUUGCGGGCAGACAGUAACUCAUCGGAUAUCAGCUGUUCCAGAGAUACAAUUGUUCUCACAUUGAGAUUAUUCAUCAUGAGGGCUAAUGAGAAAAAGAAAGGGAAAAAGAGGAGUUUGUUCUUUAAAAGCUGAGGAUUAUUUUGCCUUGGUCAGCACCUAGGUGAUGAUGCUGGGAUUGAUGUAGCCCUAAAUUAGGCCCAGUCAAAACCACAUUUUUGUUUAAGCGCUAAAUGAUGAAAACUUUGUUUGCUGCUUGUACAAUUUUUGUGUAGCCAAUGUUGGAUGUUGGGAACCCUAUUAUUUAUUAACUUAUAGUAAUAUCAAUUUAUAUCAAAAUGUGAUGAUUUUGCUUUCCCUA